AAACUGGGAUGACGAUCGUGUCCUUUAUUAUCACAAGCCGUGGUGGAACACACAGCUGUAAUUCACAACAAUGGUGGUGCCGGUCGUGUUUUAGGUUAAAGUUGCGUGGUUUUCAGUAACUUUAGUCCAAUUAGCAUUGUGAAAAAUGGACAAUAGGAUCACAAUAUGUGACCCAGACGAAGAAGAAAUUAACAAUGAAAUAUUUCGGGAUAUCGAGCCAGUCACGUGGAUCAAUGAUGAUCCGAACUAUGAUUUGGAUGAGAUCAACAUGUUCUUCCAUAGGGUGGAUUCAGAUCAGAUUAUAUACGAAGAAAAAAAGAAAAAAUGUAAAUUUAUCGGUAAAUAUGUUAUGGGUGAUGUUCUUGGUGAAGGUAGUUACGGAAAGGUGAAAGAAGUGUUGGACUCAGAGACACUUUGUCGAAGAGCCGUGAAAAUCUUGAAAAGGAAGAAACUUCGUAGAAUCCCAAAUGGAGAGCUUAACGUUCAACGGGAAAUAAGACUAUUAAGGAUAUUAAAACAUAAGAAUGUAAUUAACCUUGUAGAUGUUUUAUAUAAUGAUGAAAAGGAGAAGAUGUACCUAGUUAUGGAAUUUUGUGUAUGUGGAUUACAGGAUAUGUUGGGAAGCACACCUCUUAAGAAGCUUCCAAUUUGGCAAGCACAUGACUAUUUCUGUCAGUUACUGGAUGGUUUAGAAUACCUCUACAGCAAAGGGAUAGUACAUAAAGAUAUAAAACCAGGGAAUUUAUUAUUAGCAUUAGAUGGCACAUUGAAGAUUAGUGAUUUUGGAGUUGCAGAGGCAUUAGAUAUGUUUUCUGAAGAUGAUACAUGUAAAAUGGGACAAGGAUCACCAGCAUUUCAGCCUCCUGAAAUUGCAAAUGGCUGUGAAACAUUUUCUGGUUUUAAAGUAGAUAUAUGGAGCAGUGGAGUUACAUUGUACAAUAUAACUACAGGUCAAUAUCCUUUUCAAGGCGAUAAUAUUUAUAAAUUAUAUGAAAAUAUAGGAAAAGGUGAAUAUACUAUACCUGAAGAAGUAGAAGAGCCACUAAAAUCUCUUAUACAAGGAAUGCUGCAGAAAGACGCAGAUAAAAGAUUUACUUUGCAACAAGUUAAAAAACACCCAUGGACUAUAUGCAGGCAUCCUAAAACGCAAGAAGAAGUGCCUAUACCUCCUCUUAAAGGACAUAAAUGGCACAGCAUGACCGUACUACCGUACCUGAUGGAGUAUCAUUACGGAGGUGACGACAAUCCUACGUAUUAUACCGAACAUCAGCUAAAUGAAGAAAAACGGCUUCAAGAAAUGGACAAAAUUAGUGAAGACCAAAAAACUACUUGGAAUAGUCACAACAGCAAACCAAAUUCACAUCAAAGUAAACGGCGAUGGCGCAAACCAAUUUCGUGUAUUAACGUUAAGAAAUUUCCGUCUUGUAAGCCAUCGUGAUUUGACUCAUUACCAUGCUUAUCUUUUAUUAUAUAUUUUCCUGACUAUGUCAGAUACAAAGUUUCUCUGCAAUGGAGAUGACUGAAAAUUUAAUAAAUGCUGAACCGUGCUAGAAUAACGACCCAGCUACAGCUCGAAUUGAGUAUGAAAUUUGAACUAAUUCAAAAACAUUGAAAAUGUAAACAUUUGUGAUAUUAAUAUUAAAUAGUCAUAGUAGAUAAUUCAUUAUGAUCUAUUAAUUAUGAGGUUAGUGACUCGACAUCCAAAUAAAGUGAUUUUCUUUCA